AAAAUAUGGUUUUAAUUGCAGCCUACUCCUCAAAAUCUCUAUUUUUUUAUUAAGCUAUAGUUAUGGAAAGAUGUUAAAAAUUUGUGGCUCUGCAUUCCAUGCUGAUUCCAAAUGGUAGUAUUUUGCCCUUUCAAUGCUUUAAUUUUUUAUUUAUAGGAUUACUUGUAUUGAUGAUUCAAGUAAUUUAAGAUAAAAGGUUGGUUGUUUCCUGGGUUGUGUCAGCUAGAUUUGUCAAACUAGGAGAGGAAAAGGUGUGCUCUGAUUUUUCAAACUCAGAAUUUAGAAUCACUUGUUCGUAAAGCAACCCCUCAGCUCCAGUCUAGAGAGAGAGAGGGAGUCUUGGGAGUGGUGAUGUUAGUAUUCACUUACAUAUAGAGUGAAGGAGAGCUUUCAAGAAGCUUGCCAUCUUAAAGAUUCAAGACUUCUCUCCUUUCUCUCUCACACACAACACGCACUGAAAAUUUGAGAGUUUGGUUUUCUUCUCUGAGAAAAUGAUGAGAAGGGCAAGAAUCUAUUGUUUUCUUUUCUUGUUUGUGAUUUUGCUCAAUUUGGAUGGAGCAACAAGUAGGCAUCUCCCACUAAGCAACAAUAUUCAAGGCUCUGUCCGAAACCAGACCAUCUCUUCCACCCCAAUUGAGGAGAAAUACAAGGAAGUGAAGAAAAUAGGAUCAAAGCCACCAAGCUGUGAGCACAAGUGUUAUGGUUGCAUGCCAUGUGAGGCCAUCCAAGUUCCAACCACAGCCACACAUUUUGGGGUUCUCUACACUAAUUAUGAACCAGAGGGUUGGAAAUGUAAGUGUGGGCCCACCUUCUACAGCCCUUAAUGAGAGAGAGAGAGAGAGGUGUAUCAUCAAUUUUCGAAUUUUCUUUCAUCUUUGUGAAAUUAAGAUGGUAGAAGUAAUUAGUUAGCUCUAGGAGCUGCAUUAGUUUGUACAAUGACUUUUUUCAAGGAGUUAUAUUUUUCAA